AUGGGCCAGCUCUGCCUCCACUCUAAGCCAGUGCCCUGCAUCAGCCCUGAAAACCAUGGGCCUGCGGGCUUCAUUUGGAAGACAGAAGUAGGAAUUGGCACUCUGGAGGAGGGCGACGGGCAGUGCCCGACCGAGGCGGCCACACGGGGCGGCAGCCGCCCGGCGCACACCUAUAAGGACCGGCGGGGAGGGAGGGAAGGGGGCGCCCGGCGGCGAGGGGUUGGCUGUGCCGGAGCUCCGCGGCGGUGGCGGGGAGAAGCGAGGAACCGAGCGUUCCCAGCAGCCGCCGUGCCCUGUGGUGCCGGUGAAGCCGGUCAGCGAGGGGGCAGUUCCGCAGCGCAGCCCCCACGCCUUCCACCUCCUCCUCCUCCUCCUCCUCCUCCUCCGCCUCCCUCCAGCGCCGUCCUCCCGCCCCGCGAAUGGCUGCCGGCUGACUGGCAGCCGAGGCGGCCACACGGGGCGGCAGCCGCCCGGCGCACACCUAUAAGGACCGGCGGGGAGGGAGGGAAGGGGGCGCCCGGCGGCGAGGGGCUGGCUGUGCCGGAGCUCCGCGGCGGUGGCGGGGAGAAGCGAGGAACCGAGCGUUCCCAGCAGCCGCCGUGCCCUGUGGUGCCGGUGAAGCCGGUCAGCGAGGGGGCAGUUCCGCAGCGCAGCCCCCACGCCUUCCACCUCCUCGUCUCCGGCAGCGGCGCCCGAAGGAUGCGGAGCGGCGGAGCGCGGGCGGCGGCGGGGCGCCGCGGGGGGACCCGCUGCUGCUACACCGGGCGCCGCCGCCCCUGCGCGCUGCGCUGGGGCGCGGCUCAGUGAGCGCCGUGGCCGCGGCCGGCCGGGCUCGCUGCUGCCGCCUCCGCCGCCGCUCCCGUCGCCGGAGGGGCCGCGAGCAGCUCCGCUCCGCUCCGAGCCGGCGGCGGGGGCCGCCACAGGUGCCUCGGGGCCGGGGGCUGCC